AUGACUAAUAUGGAUACACCCCCAGAACAUCGGGACCAAAUAGAGCAGCUAAAGGGAGCUGACAUUUUAGAUAUUAAUGAUUUGAUUAGCAUUAGAGACCAAUUAAACAACGACAGUCUUGAUAUUCAUAAAGAUGAUUUGCUCGCAAUAUCAAAAAAGUUAUUAACACACUCCUUCGAGAUACAAAAGUUAGACUUGAAUAAAAAAUCUCUAAUAACGAAGAACAACAUCGGUAAAAUCGAAUUGGAGUCUUUAAAGCGACAGGCUGAAGCUUUAUCUUGGAAGUUAGAACGAUCUCGCUGGGAUGCACGCUUAACAAGGUGGGAAGCACACGAUGAGGUUGAGCCACAAGGCACCUCCAUUCUCCAUCAAGAUAUCGAGACAGAGAACAGAAUGUUGGUCGGUGAUAAGCGCGUUCUAAAAACAAAGCUCGAAGAAGCUCUAAAAAGAUCCAACAGAUUGGAGAACGAAUUGCGUCAAAUAAGAGCGACUCUCAUCACUAAAGCACACCCUGGUAUAGAAGCAUGGAAAGAAGCUGCAUGGCAUGACGGUGACGCUACAAGAUCAGAUCAGUACGGCAUGGGUGAUGCUAGAGCCGAGCACCUCUUGUUGGCGUCAAAGCGUCUCAACAAUCUUAUUCGCAGAAGCCAAAAUCCAGAUAGCUAUCAGUCGUUACAGCCAAAGCAAAUUUCACGCAGGAAAGCUAUGCAUAGUGCUUCUUCCUCAACGCCUAAACAAAUGCAUCAGAAUGGCUUAGAAAACUUGAUCAACGCUGCAACAUCCGUAUUCGACCAGCCAACUAGAAGUUCAAGCAGGUCACCCCUCAAACUCCAAACACGCACUCGUUCGCCAUCCCCACAAGUGUCUCCAAAGAGAAGGAAGUUGCCAUCUCGUGCAACCGCUGAACAACACGAGUACGUGACGGGUGGCGACAAUAGAAAUGAAGACCCGUACUUACAUUACAAUGCAUCUCCUGUCAUGAAGCAACAGCAACAAAAAUCAUCUGAAAACCCAAUUCAAGGUUCUGCGCUAGAUUUCUUGGCUGAUCAUGCAGUUGAACAAUCACAAAAUGAAAUGGGUACCCCAAAUUCAUCAUAUGCAUUACCACCAAAACUCAACGCUUUAGAAAGAGAUAGAGAUCACAUCAAUGAAUUAGGUCCACCAUUAAAAUUGAGGGGGUCUUCUCCGCAAACUCCGUCAUCACCUGCAUUGGAAUCCCCAUCGAAACCAUCAAGGUUCACCCCAUCAUCUGCAGCCAAUAGUCCACGCGUUAUAAAAGCUGAGACCACAACUCCGCAGAUACCACCGUUUGUAGUUCAACAGCCUCAAGCGCCACAUCCGUCUGCGACGUUCAAUGUCCCACCUGCAGGGUUCACUAGUACGAGGCCAUCUGGUCCUUCCGCAAAUAGCAGAGCUCCGUAUACGAAGUGGACUGGCGCUGAGGAUGCUCUCCUCGCUAAAGCAGUCAGCAUACAUGGCCAAAAAUGGGACGCUGUCUCCAAAAUGGUCGGCACAAGAUCUUAUCAUCAAGUUAGACAAAGGUAUUUAAGAAAAAGUGGGCAAAAUCCAACGCCUAAAGCUGGUCAUCAUAAUUUACGCAAUAGCAAUACAGAUAGAGAUGACGACUCGACAGAUUCACCUCCUAUCUCUGCAUCGUCAACUCCUCAACCGCCAUCGCAUCAAGCACGUACAACCACUAGGGGCAACUCCCCAUCCCGAUCAUCCAGUUCUAGAAGGGAGGUUUUCGCAAAAUAA